AGUUGCCAUUGUUUCACUCAUUCAUCAUCAGUAGCUCUCACUGAGCUAAUUCUAAGCNAGAGCACCUCCCCGCACCUCGUUCUCUCUGUCGGCGACCGCCACGGACGCAUAUCUCUGUUUGAUUUCCGCUCCAGAGCUCCCAUUCUCUUCUUCGACACGAAUUAUCCCAAUUCUUCGAAAUUAGGUAUCCAGGAUCUGUGCUGGAUCCAGACCCGACUCGAUGCCUGGGCCCUCGCCGCCAUUUCAGGACCCUCUUUGCUCUCCAUCUACAACACCGCCACUGGGAGGUGCUUCUUCAAGUACGACGCCUCUCCAGAGUUCUUCUCAUGUCUGCGCCGUGAUCCCUUCGAUUCCCGCCAUUUCUGUGCCCUGGGGCUCAAGGGAUUCCUGCUGUCCGUUAAAUUGCUGGGUGAUGAUUCUGAAAACGAUGUUGUACUGAGGGAGCUUCAGAUUCCUACGGACACCUCGGAAUUGCAGAGGCUGGAGCGAGAUUCCUCUGUCGGCAGUGGCAGUAACAAUGGGGCACCGGCAUCUGCCAUUUUUCCCAAUUAUGUGGUGAGAUUUGCAUUCUCACCACACUGGAAGCAUGUGAUAUUGGUUGGAUUUCCGAGAGAGCUGGUGUUGUUUGACUUGCAAUAUGAAUCAGUGUUGUUUGCAGGGGGCCUGCCAAGGGGCUGCGGCAAGUUCUUGGAGGUGUUGCCGGACGCGAAUAUGGAGGUCUUUUACUGUGCCCAUUUGGAUGGGAAGCUCAGUACAUGGAGACGGAAAGAGGGAGAGCAGGCGCACAUUAUGUGUUCAGUGGAUGAAUUAAUGCCCUCAAUUGGCACAACUGUUCCUUCUCCCUUACUUCUUGCAGUCGCCAUCUCCCAAUCGGAUUGCACUCUCCUAGACAUUCGCAAGCUUUGUCCUGACGCAGAUUCACAUGAUCUGAAUUUUGACAACUCUUUUGAUUUCCUUGAUGAAACUUCUGUGAUUUCUAAGACACAUUUGAUAUCCAUUUCGGAUGAUGGAAACGUGUGGAAAUGGCUCCUCACUGCUGAGGGGCCUAAGGACGGCCAGAGGGAUAGAGAAAAGGUGAAAGAGGUUGAUGAAGUAUGUGAAGUUUCAGAACCCCCUGAAUUUGAAUGCAAAUCAGAAGUUGUUACUGUCGAUGAACAUGCUACAAAAACAAUGACACACUUAUAUGAUACGAAAGGCAUAGAGAACCGUAAAUCCUGCCCUACUAUUGUUGCUGAAGAAGUGUCAUUUAAGGUGAAUCUAAUGGGAGAGGUCCAUCUUUUGUCGUCAGCUGUGUCUAUGCUGGCUGUACCAUCCCCAUCAUUGACAGCUAUUUUGGCACGUGGUGGAAACUCUCCUGCUAUUGCUGUUCCGCUAGUUGCUUUAGGAACGCAAAGUGGCACGAUUGAUGUGGUCGACAUCUCCGCCAAUGCUGUUGCUGCAAGUUUUUCUGUUCAUAGCAGUGUGGUCAGAGGAUUACGUUGGCUAGGCAAUUCAAGACUCGUUUCAUUUUCUUAUACGCAGGUAACAGAGAAAACAGGUGGAUAUGUUAAUAGGCUUGUUAUAACUUGCUUAAGAAGUGGCCUUAAUCGAACUUUUCGAGUACUACAAAAGCCAGAGCGAGCACCAAUAAGAGCAUUACGGGCUUCAUCUUCUGGCAGAUAUCUUUUGAUUAUGUUCCGGGAUGCACCUGUUGAGGUCUGGGCUAUGACAAAGACACCAAUGAUGCUAAGGUCAUUAGCACUUCCGUUUACCGUUCUUGAAUGGACUCUUCCAACAGUUCCAAGGCCAUUGCAAAGCAAACCUUCAAGGACCUCUUCCUUUUUAUCCACAGAUCGUGCUGGCACCUCCCUAACUGAGACCUCAACUCCAACUAAAUCAUCAACAGAUGCUAAGGAAUCAGCAGACGGAUCCCAAGAUGAAUUUUCAGAGAGUUUUGCAUUUGCUUUGGUGAAUGGUGCAGUUGGAGUUUUCGAGGUCCAUGGACGAAGAAUCCGUGAUUUCAGACCCAAAUGGCCAUCAUCUUCUUUUGUCUCCUCUGACGGUCUGAUUACAGCCAUGGCUUAUCGUUUGCCUCAUGUGGUAAUGGGAGACAGGGCAGGGAACAUACGCUGGUGGGAUGUAACUACUGGGCAGUCAUCCUCAUUCAACACUCACAGAGAUGGUAUUAGGAGAAUCAAGUUCUCACCAGUUGUCCCUGGAGAUAGUAGCCGUGGGCGCAUUGCCGUGCUAUUUUAUGACAAUACAUGUUCUGUGUUUGAUCUUGAUUCAGCUGAUCCAUUGGCUAAUUCCCUUUUACAACCACAAUUUCCUGGAACUUUAGUACUUGAGCUUGACUGGCUACCAUUGCGGACAAACAAGGAUGAUCCUCUGGUACUGUGCAUUGCUGGAGCUGAUAGCAGUUUCCGUCUUGUUGAACUUAAUGUGUUAUUCUUGUCUUUUCAUAGCAAGGAUAGGAAAGGGGAUUAUAAUAACACCACUUGGGGCCUGAUGCAUUAUCACCCUUAUUCAAUUUUCUAUGCAUGUAGAAGUGACCAAAAAGUGGGAGGCUUCGGUUUGCAAACACGAACUAAAGAGAGAUUUCGGCCCGUACCUUUGCCAUCCCCUGUAUUGCUCCCUGUACCACAUGCCCUGGCAUUGCGGAUGAUUUUACAGUUUGGCGUGAAACCUUCGUGGUUUCAUGUAUUAACUUCAACCGCUAUUGAGGAAUAUUCACAUAUUCCAGGAACCCCGUCAUCCGGGGAUCUCCGUGGUUAUAUGAUGGAUUCACUUUAUAUUGGUGACUCUGCUGUUCCGGAGAUGCUUCUUAAAGUAUUAGAGCCUUACCGUAAGGAAGGUUGCCUGCUUGAUGAUGAGAGAUUAAGAUUAUAUGCUAAAGUUGUUAACAAAGGCUCCACAUUGAGGUUGGCAUUUGCAGCUGCCAUCUUUGGUGAAUCCAUGGAAGCGCUUUUCUGGCUUCAGUUGCCUAAUGCUCUCAACCACUUCAUGAAUAGAUUGGUUAAAAGACCAUCACAAAAAGGCCCGCAUACAGCUCAAAAUGCUGAAAUUGACGAGGAAUCUAUGUUGAGCAGGAUAUCUUCAAAAGGAAAAUCAGUGCCUGGAUCGAGGCAAAAGGAUGUUUUGGUUAAUUCUCAACUUAAAUUGAUGGCUUUUGAACAACGAGAAUUGUGGGAGCGUGCUAAUGAACGUAUCAAUUGGCAUGAAAAAUUGGAUGGUGAAGAGGCAAUACAGAACCAUGUGCAUGAGUGGAACAAUGGCAUUGCUGUUAGAGAUGAACAUAUUUCAUUGAAAGCAUUGCCUCUACUGUCUGGAGAUGGAAGAUUCAGCUUCAACAGAUCCACAAAUAGAUGCUACUGUUUAGGAUCAACAACCAAAUACUUAGGUGCUAAUGCCUCUGUCAAAGAAAAGAAAGUGAAAAUAGAAACCCCUCAGCUACUUGGUUUCUCUGUGAAAUUGUCAAAUCUCACGGUUGGAUUUUGUCAUAUCCCUCCUUCAACUACAGAUACUGAUAGUAGGAGGGCCAAUGUUGUCUCCUUUUUGCUUAUCAGCAAUCAACUAGUGUCGGUUGGAAACUUAGAAGCUGCUGUAAGUUUGCUCCUCUCUACUUCUCCAGAAAGCUCUUACUUCUAUUCAAAUGCUCUGCGAGCCGUUGCCCUUGCCUCUGCUGUAUCUUCUUCUCUACUUGAACUGGCUGUGAAGGUUGUUGCAGCCAAUAUGGUCAGAAAUGAUAGGUCAAUGUCUGGCACACAUCUGCUUUGUGCAGUAGGGAGGUAUCAGGAAGCUUGUUCCCAGUUACAAGAUGCAGGAUGCUGGACUGAUGCUGCAACAUUGGCUGCAACACACUUAAAAGGAUCCGAUUAUGCGAGGGUGUUACAAAGAUGGGCAGAACACGUUCUUCAUGCUGAACAUAACAUCUGGAGGGCCUUGAUUUUGUAUGUGGCGGCCGGUGCACUGCAAGAAGCUUUAGCCGCACUUCGGCAGGCACAGCUGCCAGACACUGCAGCCAUGUUCAUUGACGUUUGCCGUCAAAUCCAUUCAGAAUUUCUGUCGCGAUUGGAUUCUGGUGAAGACGAAGAUACUUGUCUAAAGGAGAAGGUUAUUGACUUGCCUGGGCUUAACCCUGUAAAUGAAGAUGUUGUUGCCGUUGCCGAGUAUUUCGGACAGUACCAAAGGAAGCUAGUGCAUCUUUGCAUGGAUUCUCAGCCUUACACUGACUGACCAAUGAAAACAGUUUUACUGAACAAUGAUAAUAAUAAUACACAUAUACAUACAUAUAGCUAUAUAUGUUGUCCAUUACAAGUUUUGUUUAUUCUUUUACUUUGUUUUAAUUAUUUAUUUAUUUAUUUUUCUGAGCUAAGCUAGCUUUACUAUAAUUUUAAAUCGGGAAAAAUGUUGUUUUGAUACCCUAACUAUCCCAUCGUUUCACUUUUCGUACUCUAUAGAUUCACUUAAUUAUUUUAGUCCGUCGAUCAAUUUUGGUACUUGUCGUUGGUCAGCCGUGGUUGAUUAUGAGCGGACAAUCCCGAAAAUGGUGAGAUAUGGGUAAGAGUUCUCGCGGAUAUCCCUAUUACCAAAAAAC